CAUUAAUCACGUUUUUUACUUGUAUUGUUAGAACCCACAUAUAAAUAACCAAACUUCACCUAACCGUUUAAAUUAAUUCGGUUAUUUUGAGUGAUACAAUUUAAAAAAAUGUUUGCACCAUUUUAUCUCGGUUUAUUCGCGUUAUUCGUUUCCCAAAUCGAAACUGCUCCAUCGUGCUCGAAUGUCGAAAUUUUCACCACCAUCGGCUCCACGUGCACCCCCGAACGCAGCUGCAACAACCCACAUCCCGAAACAGAUCCAGAUUGCACCGAACAAAAUAACAGGGAGAUGUGCAAAUGCAUCGCCGGUUACAUCAGAGAUGGAACUGUCGAUAAUAAAUGCAUACCCGAAAGCGAAUGCGUUUGCCCCAACGGUGGUUGCGGUGAGAACGAAUUCUGCAACUUAUGCGACAUGGGAUGCGAGGACGAGCCAACUUGCGAGAGACCUCUACCUCCACCUUUCACUGGUUGCAAGAGGAACACUUGCGAUCAAAAAUGCCAAUGCGAGCCAGGUUACAUCAGGGAUUCGGAUUACAAUUGCGUCUUAUUGAGCGAAUGUCCUAACGCAGUUUGCGGAGAAAACGAGAUUUUGAACACAGAAGCGACGAGCUGCGAUAUACUACAAACGUGUGAAACCCCUACAUUCCAAAAGGCUGCGUCUUGCCGGGCAAGCCCGAAGGAGUUCGAGAGGUGCGAUUGCAUUCCUGGAUACGUCCGGAAUAAAGACGGGAAAUGCGUACCCUACGUAGAGGAAUGCUUAAAAUGCGGCGUAAAUGAAGUGGCCACGCAUUGCGUGAAUUGUUGCCUGGCGACCUGCCAGCAUCCCCCGGAACCCGAUUGCGAAGAUUGCAUAGAGGAAUGUGAACCUGGUUGUGAUUGUGCAGAGGGCUUCACUCGUGAUGAAAUCAGCCAUACCUGCGUGGCAGUUUGCCCACCCAAAUGGCUGCCUCAUUUGCCGGAGAUUCCCGGUCAUCCCCAUUUGGGCUUGGGCUUUUUGUAAACGGGGGUUUAUAUUUAAUGUACCACAUGCCUAAACUUCUAUGAGUCAUAUCUGUCAGAUAAAUAUAUG